UCUGGAGGGUAGUCAUGCGUGAGUGAGACCAGUGGACUCAAUUUGCCGAGUGAAUUAAAAGCGGAUGUUGUCAACCUUCUUUUCAAAGUGGUUGGCAAAGUCUUCCGCAGAGGGGGUGGAGGAUUUAGGAGGGAGGAGAAGGUGGAAAAUAGUUUCCUAGGGUUAAAGGCAGAAGCUUGACAUUUAGAGUGAAAGAAAGUGGCUUUAGCAGCAGAUCCAGAGGUAGAGAGGAGGGAGUGGAAGGAUGGUAGGUCCUCCAGAAGUUGAGUUUUUCAAAAACAAAACGCUCAGCUGCCCGCAUCCCUGUUCUGUAAGCUCGCAAUGAAUCACUCAGCCACGGAGCAAGAGGAAGAGGAAGGAACGGGAACAGUGUGAGUCAUAAAAUACGGAAAGGGAGGAGAGCAGGGUCGAAUAGGUUGAAAUCUGACGAAGGCCUCGAGGCCGAUACGUAAAGCUUAAUCAAGAGCGGUGGUACCAACUCCAUAGCGGUGGUACCAACUCCAUAGCGGUGGUACCAACUCCAGAGCGGUGGUACCAACUCCAGAGCGGUGGUACCAACUCCAGAGCGGUGGUACUAACUCCAGAGCGGUGGUACUAACUCCAGAGCGGUGGUACUAACUCCAGAGCGGUGGUACUAACUCCAGAGCGGUGGUGCCAACUCCAGAGCGGUGGUGCCAACUCCAGAGCGGUGGUGCCAACUCCAGAGCGGUGGUGCCAACUCCAGAGCGGUGGUGCCAACUCCAGAGCGGUGGUGCCAACUCCAGAGCGGUGGCGCCAACUCCAGAGCGGUGGUGCCAACUCCAGAGCGGUGGCGCCAACUCCAGAGCGGUGGCGCCAACUCCAGAGCGGUGGCGCCAACUCCAGAGCGGUGGCGCCAACUCCAGAGCGGUGGCGCCAACUCCAGAGCGGUGGCGCCAACUCCAGAGCGGUGGCGCCAACUCCAGAGCGGUGGCGCCAACUCCAGAGCGGUGGCGCCAACUCCAGAGCGGUGGCGCCAACUCCAGAGCGGUGGCGCCAACUCCAGAGCGGUGGCACCAACUCCAGAGCGGUGGUACUAACUCAAGAGCAGUAUGUCCGUUGCCAUGUCUAGUCUGGAGAGCCUGCGGUCCUCUGUGUUUACCUUUGAGUCCUCCGUGCACAGCUGCCAUGUGCUGCGUUGUCUGGACGACCAGCGGAGGCGUGACCUGCUGUGUGACAUCACUGUGCUGGCCGAAGGGAGGAGUUUCAGGGCCCACCGUUCUGUGCUGGCCUCCUGCAGCGACUACUUCACACACAGGGUCUCCUCCCACGCACCACAGGGACUUGUCGUUACCCUGCCUCAGGAGGUGACGGUGAGUGGCUUGGAGCCCCUGCUGCAGUUUGCCUACACCUCCAAGCUUCUCUUCAGUAAAGAUAAUGUCAUGGAGAUACGACACUGUGCCUCUAUUCUGGGUUUCAGGGAUCUGGAUUCGGCCUGUUUUGACUUCCUCCUGCCCAAGUUCUUCAGCAGCAGUUCGGCCUCCUUCCAGAGGAAGACCUGCUGUAAGCCACGGUGCAGGAGACUGUCCCCCGGGCCAGAGCUCAGCGACAUCGACACCAACAAGGAUGUCUUAGAUGAUGACAAAGGGGUCCGGGUGGUUUCUGAUUCGCCCGUUGAACGGGAUGUGGGUGGACAACCAGCAAAUGGCGAGACGGGACGUAAAAGCAAAAAUCUCACCCAUCCUCCUGAAGCCGAUAUCCAAUCAGACGGCCAGACUGACUACUCCCUACAGUGCCCCAAGUACCGAAAGUUCCAGCAGGCUUGUGGGAAGGUGAGGCUGUGUGUGGAGAUCUGUGUCCCAGAAACAAACCAUGACUCCCCAGUGGUGAGAGAGGAGGGCUGCCCUCUACCCCUGCACCUUCCCCAGUCCGUGCAAACCUGUUCCAGUGGUGGAGGAUUUAGGGAAGGUCCUGCGGUGGAGACGUCUUCUGGAGAAAACUAUUCACUUCUCUCACAGGCAGGACAGGGAGAGGUGGAGCAUAGGACUGACCAGGCAGGACAGGGAGAGGUGGAGCAGAGGACUGACCAGGCAGGACAGGGAGAGGUGGAGCAGAGGACUGACCAGGCAGGACAGGGAGAGGUGGAGCAGAGGACUGACCAGGCAGGACAGGGAGAGGUGGAGCAGAGGACUGACCAGGCAGGACAGGGAGAGGUGGAGCAGAGGACUGACCAGGCAGGACAGGGAGAGGUGGAGCAGAAGACUGACCAGGCAGGACAGGGAGAGGUGGAGCAGAGGACUGACCAGGCAGGACAGGGAGAGGUGGAGCAGAAGACUGGAGAAGAGGAUGAUGAGGAGAAGAGAGAGAUGGAUGAGAGGAGAGGAGAGACAGAAGAGAGGAGGAGAGGAGAAACAGAAGAGAGGAGGAGAGGAGAAACAGAAGAGAGGAGGAGAGGAGAAACAGAAGAGAGGAGGAGAGGAGAGACAGAAGAGAGGAGGAGAGGAGAGACAGAAGAGAGGAGGAGAGGAGAAACAGAAGAGAGGAGGAGAGGAGAAACAGAAGAGAGGAGGAGAGGAGAAACAGAAGAGAGGAGGAGAGGAGAGACAGAAGAGAGGAGGAGAGGAGAAACAGAAGAGAGGAGGAGAGGAGAGACAGAAGAGAGGAGGAGAGGAGAAACAGAAGAGAGGAGGAGAGGAGAGACAGAAGAGAGGAGGAGAGGAGAGAGGGCUUCUGGAGUUGACUGUCACAGCUCUAUCCUUCCUCUCGUGGAGGUGUCUAGUGGUCGGCUUGUCAGCUGUGAAGAGAGCCCAGGGUUGGGUACAGCACCACACCGAUAUCCCCUGGAGGCACCCGGGCUGGACAAGCAGAGCUCUGGAGGUGUGGGGGAAGGAGGUUGUUUUCUAGGGGGUAGAGGACACCAUGAAGGGAUAGAUCCAGCUGUCUCCUGCCUGCCACAGACAGAACAGGAGCAGGGAGAGAGAGCGAGGAGAAAGGUGGGGAGAAUGAUAGAACAUGGAAGAAGUGAAGGCGGAGCAGGAGAGAGGAGAGAGCGAGGAUGGGAAGAGAGGAGCAGCGUGGAAAGAGAGGUGGCUGAACACUUGGCCCAUGGCCCCUGGUCAGAGCUCCCCUCUUCUCCUCCUCUCCUCCAGGACUUCCCUGGGACUGAGUCUGGGAACCUCCGGAGCAGCAACCCCACCUUGGACUGGCUUCACCAGCUUGACAUCAGCUCCAGUACCGGGGACUGUCCCUUCCUCCACGGCUUGGACAGGGAGACAGACGGAGGGACGGACAGAGGGACAGGGGAGGGGACGGACAGUGGGACAAAGAGCGCGACUGGGCUGGAGUGCGAGGGGUCGUCCCAGUUAGAGAAGAGUCCCUGUGUGUCGUCCCUGACAUCUGGAGACGAUGGAGACUCAGACUGCUUCGAUACGGAGGGAGACAGCGAGUCCUGUUCCUACAGCCAGAGAGUCAGGGAGGUGCAGCUGCCGUUCUCUGUGGGUCGCAUCGUAGGGUUGAGCAGGAAUGACUUCCAGCUAAUGCUGAGGCACCAGACUCUGACCAGAGAACAGCUGGACUUCAUCCACGACGUCAGACGCAGGAGUAAGAACCGUAUCGCGGCGCAGCGCUGUCGCAAGAGGAAGCUGGACUGUAUACACAAUCUGGAGUGUGAGAUAGACAAACUGAGGACCGAGAAGAACCAGCUGAUAUCAGAGAAGAGCCAUCUGAACCAGAUGAAGCUGAAUACUUGGCACAGUGUGUCCGCUCUUUGUCAGAGAGUCUGCAGCGAGGCCGCCCUGAGACCAGAACAACUCCAGGUCCUAGCCAAGUACUCCUCCCCAGACUGCCCGCUCUCUGCUCUCAUCUCCCCUACAGACCCAACCUCCCCUGGGCUAGGAGGACUACUACAAUCCCAAGCCUCUCCCUAGGCCUGCUCCUCCUCAGGCCUAGCCUCAGAUACCUGUCAGAACCCUUCAGGAACCUUUGGAACCUUCGGAACCCUCGGCCAGCUGCUCCAGGGACACACCCACAGGGGAGGAGCUCUCAGGUGAUUGAACAAACCCUCAGGUAUAUACAGCUGUGUGAUCAGUUGACUUGGAUGCCCUGCCCACGGAUGAGUGUGAGUCUGGACACCUUCAUCAUCGUCAUCAUCACCAUUUCAUAGACUUUCUUCUACAGGCAAAGACACUGUGGGUUGUGUUCCAAUAAUCUCUCCUUCCUCAGAGGGGGUGCUCGGUUACUCACUAAAGCAUCAGAUUGGUGUAGGCACUGAGCAGGGAUGAAUGAAACAGGAGAGUAUUUUCCCGCGGUUGACACGGUUACAUACAAGCUGACAGUAUUUCAACCACAUGAAAAUAUGCAUGCAAGAUGAACUGAAAUCUACCACCAGAGAUAAACUGUGUGUGUGUGUGUGUGUGUGUGUGUGUGUGUGUGUGUGUGUGUGUGUGCGUGUGUGUGUGUGCAUGUAUACAGUACCAGUUUUGAGCUGCUCUUGCCAUAAUAUGGACUUGAUUUUUUAACAAAUAUAGCUAUCUUCUGUUUACCAUCCCUACCUUGUCACAACACAUUAAGAAAUUCCACAAACUAACUUUUACCAAGGCACACCUGAUCAUUUAAAUGCAUUCCAGGUGACUACCUCAAAACUGGUUGAGAGAAUACCAAGAGUGUUCAAAGCUGUCAUCAAGGCAAAGGGUGGCUACUUUGAAGAAUCCAAAAUCUAAAAUAUAUUUUGAUUUGGUUGCUACAUGAUUCCAUAUGUGUUAUUUCAUAGUGUUGAUGUCUCCACUAUUAUUCUACAAUGUAGAAAAUAGUAAAAAUACAGAAAAACCCUUGAAUGAGGAGGUGUGUCCAAACUUUUGACUGGUACUGUAUAUACACAUGAGAAGCACUAUAUUUAGUCUGAUGUUUAUAUCAUAGACGUGUUGGAAAUUAGAAGCAGAACUUUAGUGACGUCAACUAGAUUAUCGAGGCGACCAAUUCUAUCGAUUCAUGACACCAGUCUUUUCCUUUCAAAUCCAUGAAGGGAAGUGAACAAGUGCACACUUUUGGGAGAAAGGAGUUGGAAAAGUUGGGACGUAACCUGUGUGAAAUAAUACCAUAUUACAAUCCAACCACAACAACCUAUGCAACUUAAUGAAUAUGAAUAUUCGUUGAACAUGAAGAAUGUAAUUACUACUAAAGUUAUAUUUCUCUGUGUCUUCUUUGACAGCUUUACACCUCUAACCGCUAAUUUUAGUGUUUUGUUACUUGUGCCUUAUUUUGUUAUAACGAGCAUUCCUUUGUUAAUUAAGAAGUUAAGUUAAAAUGAUAUGCCAUGUUUUUCAAAGAACUUUCUGGACUUUCCUCUGAACAUGUUCAAUAGCACACAAAGCCAAGGUAACCUUUAGUCAACUUAAGGGUUAAGUUAAGGACAGCUGUGGUGAACCUGUGUUCAUUGAUCGUCUAUAUCUAUCUCAGGAGGCGGCUGUGGUGACCUCUGGACCGUGUGUUCUAGAACUCUGAAAGGAUUCCGGAAAACAUUACACUUUGAACUGGCUUGGGGGACUAUUACUAUUUUAAAUUCAGGAAAAUUCUAGAAUAUGACCUAUUCCAAAACAUACAACACACCUCAUGGAGAGAGUGUCUUCUCAGGUAUAGCAAUGCAAUGUACAGAACUCACUUUAAAAAUAAAUAAUAAAAAAAACAUCUGUCUUUGUCCCUCUC